UCUCAAUCUGAUCGUGUAGCAAGGCAUCUCAUCGACGUCGAGGUCUGCUGAGUCACUACCAGGAUGUUCCGAAACUCCUACGACUCUGACAAUGUUACUUUCUCACCCCAGGGCAAACUCCACCAGAUCGACUAUGCGCUCGAAGCUGUGAAACAGGGAUCAGCAGCCAUUGGUCUGAGGUCAAAGACCCAUGCGGUGUUGUUGACGCUCAAGCGAUCGACUGGAGAGCUAGCGACGUAUCAGAAGAAGCUGAUUCGGAUCGACGAUCACGUUGGCGUUGCGAUCGCAGGCUUGAUGAGUGAUGCGAGAGUGUUGAGCAACUUUAUGCGACAACAGGCUAUGCAGAGUCGAAUGUUGUAUGGUCGUCCAAUUCCCGUUGGUCGAGCAGUGCAAGGUAUCUCAGGUCGUGCCCAAAACAACACCCAGCAGUACGGUCGCAGACCUUAUGGAGUGGGAUUCCUGGUCAUUGGCCGUGAUGAGACUGGACCCCACCUCUUCGAAUUCUCCCCCGCUGGCACCACAUUCGAGUAUUAUGCCCACUCGAUCGGCGCACGAAGUCAAAGCGCAAAAACGUACUUGGAGAAGAACUUCGAAUCGUUUGAAAAUGCUUCCCUGCCUGAACUCAUCAAUCAUGGUCUCUCAGCCCUUCACGAUACACUACAGCAGGACAAAUUCCUCACCAUACAAAAUACCAGUAUCGCCAUCAUUGGUCCCUCAUCUGACGAGGUGGAGGAUAUCUCUAUUAGCGGAGCUGCAAAGAGAGGCAAUUUUAGAGUAUGGGAGAACGAACACGUCGAUCGACUGUUGAGAGCUUGGAGGAGAAGCCGUGGAGAACCGGAAGAUGGACCUCAAGAGGCGGCUCCGGCUCCUGAGGCGACGACUGAGGGCGGAGCAGAGGCGACUGACAGCACAGCGGCUACGGGCGGUGACAGUUCGUCUACCGAGGCGGCGUCUGCUCCUGCAUCGGGUGACGCCCCGUCUAGCGGGACUGGGGGGAGCGGAGACGAUGUCGAGAUGCAGUAGACGAGUCAAACUCAUGAUGACACAUGCAAUGGAAUGGCACA